AUGGAUGCGAUCUAUCGAAUGGUCCAAGAGACCCAAGAUUCUCUUUCCGACGAUGCCCUCCUACCCCUUAAGACCUACAAGUACUCCAGUGUCGACAAGUCGUUCAUUUCUCGGUAUAUCUUGAAACACUACUGGAAUGCCUUCGUCGAGCUCGUCCCGAUGUGGAUGGCCCCGAACAUGGUGACGCUCCUUGGGUUCAUGUGGAUUGUGGCCAAUGUCUUUAUUAUCGAGAUUUUCGUCGAGGAUAUGGUGGGACCCGUGAGUGAACGAGCUUGUUCCUUGUUUAUCCGGUGUGGCGAGUUAACCAGAGAUUCGAUCCAGGGCCCCUCUUGGAUUUACUUCAGUUUUGCUCUUGGCAUGUGGAUGCACGCCGAACUGGCACAUCUAGCGGACUCGGAGAACUUUUUGAGUUUGUACCACUCUAUGACCAGCUGUGGAUGGCUCACUAAUCAGGUACACAGUCACGGUAUCGACUCUCUGAACUGCACUCUUGCCAGCUUGCUUGAAACAGCCGCAAUGGGCUUUGGCUCCUCAGAACUUGGUGCUUGGACCGCAAUUGUUCCGUGUUUGGCCAUGUAUUUCUCGACUUGGGAAACAUUCCACACCCACACGCUCUAUCUCGGCUACUUCAAUGGCCCAACUGAGGGCCUCAUCAUCGCCAUUAGUAUCAUGCUUGCUUCCGGCAUUUGGGGCCCCGGAAUCUGGUCCCAGCCCAUUGUUGGGUUCCUGAACUAUCCCCAAAUAUUCGGCAACAAUUCCAUGAAGGACCUCUGGGUGCCGAUUCUUUUGGGUGGUUUCCUCCUCGGCCAUCUCCCCGGAUGCGUUCUCAACGUGGCUGCUGCCCGCAAGAAGCAGGGUCUACCGUUUACCCCGCUGCUCAAGGAGUGGGUUCCUAUGAUCGUCUUCACUGGCUGCAACAUGGCUUGGCUGUUUUCGCCUUAUUCGACCGUCCUUUCUGGCAACCACCUGGUCCUCUUCUGCUGGGUCAUUGCAUUCGUCUUUGGUCGCAUGACUACUAUGAUCAUCCUGGCCCACCUUCUGAGACAGCCUUUCCCUUACUGGACUGUGCUGCAGGCUCCCCUCAUUGGUGGUGCGGUUCUCGUCAACCUGCCUAUGAUCGGCUUCCCGGUCAUUGCCCCGUGGCUAGAACUGUUGUACCUCCGUUUGUACUUUGUGUUCGCACUGGUCAUCUAUAUGCACUGGGCUGUGCUUGUCAUUAACCGUAUUACGACUUUCCUCGGCAUCAACUGCCUUACAAUCCGAAAGGACAAGUCUGCUGCGAGAGACAGAGCUUAUCGCACUCUCGGUGAAUCAUCCCUCAUAGAUGAGACUCGCGCUUCGACUGACGCCUCCAAGAUCCAUUGA